AAAAGAAAUCAUCAAACAGUAUCACCAUUAUAAAUAAUAUUUUCUUUUUAUUUUGUUUAAUAUCUUCUUUUUUCUCUCUCUCUAUCUUUAUCUUUCUCUUUUACCCUCUUGAUUGCUGUUGAUUGUUUACCUUAUUUUCUUUUGUAAAUUUGAUUGUUCCACAAAAGAAAAAGCAAAAUUCUAUUUCAAUGGCAAUGAAUUGUUCAUCAGCUGGUGGUCAAGAUUCGGUUCUUGGUGGAUCCUCUUUAAGCCCUUUAACCAUUGGAAAAGAGGAUACAGUUAAAUGUCAAUUUAUCACCCGAGAGGGAACAUACAAAUUGUCCAAGGGUGAUAAUUGCAGAACCACUGUGGUGGGUUAUACUCCACCUUCACCCCAAACCAAUACACCGGUGAAAUGUUCAUUUGUUCAUAUACCUUCAUCUCCAUUCAAUGGUGAUCUUAUUUGUUUCAAUGUUGGAAAGGAAUUAUAUGUUUGCAAUUAUAAGGGCAUUAAGAAGGCAACCGAUCUCAAUAAUCCCAUUGACAAGAGGAGUUACAAAGGACUUUACCCAACCUGCCAUGAUUUUAAUCAAGUCAACAUUUCCUCUGAUUAUGUUUAUUUACUGGUUGGCCUUUCUGCUGGUCAGAUACAAUUAAUAGAUCCAAUUAAGAAAGAAAUCUCUAAAUUGUAUAAUGAAGAGAGAGCAAUUGAUAAGACAAAAGUGACUUGUAUCAAAUGGGUUCCCGGUUCAAUGAAUCUUUUCCUGGUUUCUCAUAGUAGUGGACAAUUAUAUGUUUACAAGGAGGAUCUUCCCUGUGGAUCAACAACACCCCACUAUCAGAUGUUUAAACAAGGCGAAGGAUUUGCCAUUUACACGUGUAAAACUAAAUCAACACGUAAUCCACUUUAUCGUUGGGUAAUUGGUGAAGGUUCAAUUAAUGAGAUUGCCUUUUCACCCUGUUCCAAGUACUUGGCCACCGUUUCUCAAGAUGGUUUCCUCCGGGUUUUUAAUUAUGAUACCAUGGAAUUGGUUGGUAGAGUGAGAAGUUAUUUUGGUGGUUUAUUGUGUGUUUGUUGGUCACCAGAUUCCAAGUUUAUUGUUAUCGGAGGCGAGGAUGACCUGGUUACCGUUUGGUCUUUACAUGAGAAACGGGUUAUCGCUCGAGGUCAGGGUCACAAGUCAUGGGUUAGUGUUGUUGCUUUCGAUCCAUAUACAACAAUUGUAAGAGAUACUGUUGAUAAUAGUGGUUGUAACGUUCAAUCAGCUAAUGAUGAUAAUGAAAUAACAUUAAGAAAUGAUGUUAAUGAUUCAAAUCAUUUACAACCAAGUUCAUCAACAUCAACAAUUAAAACUAAUCGUAGUUCACCAAUAUCAACAAGCGAAACAAAUUCAAACCAUUUAACAACAUCAACAACAACAAUUACAACUUAUCGUAAUACUGUUAAUAAAUCACCAAUAAGUAAUAACAGUAAUAAUAAUAACUCAACAUCUUCAUCAAUUAUUACUUCAUAUCGAUUCGGAAGUGUUGGUCAAGAUACUCAAUUAUGCCUUUGGGAAUUAACGGAAGAUGUAAUUAAACAACCGGUCGGUCGUUCAAGAACUAGUAUAUUAUUACACAGUCCAACAAGUGGAUCUAAUCAACAAUCAUUAUCAACACCUUCAUCCAUAGUAAUAUCAUCAUCAUCAUCAACAACAACAACAGCAACAACAACAACUAGUUCAGGUCAUCAUUCAAACCAAUUAACAAAUUGCUCUAAUGCGGAUAAAUGUCAAAAUUUACAAUCACCAUUAGUUACCAAUUGUUUAUCAAAUAACUGUAAUUACCUUGAUCCUGGAAGUGUUUACACUAAUCAUGUUGGUAAUACUUUAGCACCAACAGCAGCCGUUCACAGUACAAGUAGUAGCAGCGGUGGUUAUACAAAUAAACAUGGAGAUGGAAGCGGAAGUGGGAUGACAACUUUAACAAAAAAGGAACACAAAAGAAACUUCAGUCUCGCCUCUCGUAAUAGUGAUAAAAACAGUCUAAAUAAAACUAGUCAUAGUAAAUUAAUUGAUGAUCCAAUCAGAUUAUUAGGGACAACAAUUUGUCCUCGAUUGGAUGAAGUACCGUUACUUGAGCCGUUAAUUUGUAAAAAGAUUGCCCAUGAACGAUUAACCUCCCUUGUAUUUAAAGAGGAUUGUUUUGUUGCCGCUUGUCAAGAGGGUUAUAUAUUUACCUGGGUACGACCAAGUAAAUGGGAAAACAUGCAAAUCGCCCCAAGUCCAAUUCCAAGUAUCGAGGAAGAGUCUGCAAUGGUAGAUGAAAAUGAAUCAACAGUGGUGUGAUUUUAACAAUUAACUACAAUUAAAUCACCAAAGUACUGCACAAACCAAUGAAAAAGAGCAUUAAAAACAACAAUAGCAAUGUAUCAAUUUACACCAGCAACACACAUACACUGAAAAUCCUUAAAUUACCAAUUGAAUGUCUAAAGUGGAUAUCAUUAUAUUUAAUUUGAUUUGGAAUUGAACCAACAAUUAACAACUUUAAUCAUUAUUAUCACUAUUAUUAUACAAGCAAUGAAAAUCUCGUUUAUAUUUUAUAUUUAAAGUGCCAGAAGCUUAAAUUGAAAAGCCGAUCAUCAUCAUUACGAGUUUGAAUUUGCAAAUUAAUUAAUCUUGUGUCACACACUCACAUUAAUUGGUCACAAUAAUUAACAAAGAAAACAAAGCAAUUGUAUAAAUACUGGAUUAAUUAACUGUAAACAACAACAAUUCACCUUUUUCACAGUCGAUCACAAAACGGAUUUUACCACAAAUACAAUCUCAUCAUCACCACAAUCUCACUCAAAGCAAAUUGAAAACAAAAUAGCAAUCACAACAAGGGAAUGUGCUAAACGAUGAUGAGACAAGGAAGAUGCCGAAAAGAAAGAGAAGACAAACCUAAAUCAUUAACCAUCACCAUCGUUAAUUGUCACAAAUUUAAAGGCAAAAUUAAAUGCUCACACCAAUCGAAAUGGAAAUCGACAUGGAACAAAAAGUCGAAACUCUCUCUCUCUCUCAUUUCCAUCUUCAUCUCGAUCACCUAACACUCGGGUUGACACAUUAAGUGCUUGUAAUGUAACAACCCUUGAAGAUAAUUAUGCCAAUAAGAAAAACAAAAUUACUAAAUCAUCAUCAUUUUCUUUUGUAAAUUGUAACCUCUUUUUCCUAGUCUUGUUUGAUUCCACACAACCACAUCUUACACAAAGAGCUCUUGAUAUUUCCAGAUAUAAAAAACACUGAAUGGAAAAUGA